CAGGAAAACGUGCCGUGAUAAGAGAUCUAUUUCACUAUAAAAACCAAACUUUGGCAACUUAAUGCCACUAAAACCUUAGUCAACAUGAAGACCAUCAUCCUUUUUUUGACCAUCACCGCUUUAGCAGCCGCCUUUCCGAAGACAACCAAACUGCAUUAUCGCAAUUUGUACAAACCUCCAAUCAGUGGCGAAACCAAACAUAAACCCAACCCUAGAAUCAUCGGAGGCCACGAAGCCAUCCCUCACUCCAUCCCUUACCAAGCUUUCCUCGAAAUUUACGCCGAUGGUGAAGCUUAUUACUGCGGGGGUUCCCUUAUUUCGCAAAACUACGUCCUAACUGCGGCUCAUUGUGGCGUUGGAGUCACUGAAGCCUUGGUGACUCUCGGUGCCCACAAAGUCUUCGAAACUGAAGACACCCAAGUCAAAAUAACCAGCAAGGAAAUCAAGGUUCAUGAAGAAUACGAUGAUAAUCUUAUAGUUAAUGACAUUGCCGUUAUCAAACUCCCCCAACCUGUCAAUCUAACUGAUUCGAUAAAAACUGUUGCUUUGCCCAACAAGACUGAUGUUAAUAACACGUUUGUUGGCACCACUGCGAGGAUUAGUGGCUGGGGGUUGACUAGUGGUUUUGGUGAUGUUUCCAAAGUCCUGCUCUACGUCGAUGUUAAUGUUAUUACAAAUAUUGAUUGUGGAAAUCAGUUCGAUGAAGAUUUUGCUGAUUCAGUUUUGUGUACGUCUGGGGAUCAAGAGACUGGAUCUUGUAAUGGUGAUUCUGGUGGUCCCCUGGUUGUGGAUGGGGUGCAAAUUGGGGUUGUUUCGUUUGGAGUGAUGUGGUGUCUGCCAGGUUAUCCGUCUGGAUUUACCAGGAUUACCAGUUUCCUGGACUGGAUUGCAACCAAUUCCGAUGUUGUAAUUAAUUAAUUGAUGUAAUUUACGAUUUUUAAAUGUGUUCUCAGUAUAAUAAAAAACUUACAAAAA